AUGUACCUGCUUGGGGUCCUGGGGAACCUGCUCAUCGUCCUGGCCGUCGGCUCCGACCCGCACCUGCACACCCCCAUGUACUUCUUCCUCAUCAACCUCUCCCUGGCUGAUGCCUGUAUAUUAUCUACCAUGAUUCCCAAGAUGUUGACCAACCUCCAGACCCAAGAUAAAUCCAUAUCCUACGCUGGCUGCCUGGCCCAAAUGUUUUUUUUCCUGUUCUUUGUAGGUCUAGACCAUUUCCUCCUCACCGGGAUGGCUUAUGAUCGCUACCUGGCUAUAUGCCACCCACUCCACUACACCACCAUCAUGAAUCCACGGCUCUGUGCCCUGAUGGUUGCUGGGUCCUGGAGUGUUAGGGUCUCUUUAUUCUACGGCACUGGUUUUGGGGUCUACCUCAGCCCUGUAUCUACCCAAGCAUCACGGAAAGCCUCGAUAGCCUCCGUGAUGUACACGGUGGUCACCCCCAUGCUGAACCCCUUCAUCUACAGUCUGAGGAACCAAGACAUGAAAGAGGCUCUGAGAAAUGUGUUCAGAGAGAAAAAUGUCUCCAUGCAAAGACUGUGA